AUGAACUUCGAAUCUCCAGUUAUCUCAGCAGUGGUAGAAGGAAAUUGGUUUCUUCCUCCGGUAAGAUCUGAAGAGGCUACUUUGCAGAUCGUGCUCUCAACCAUGGCCCCACCUCACUCAGAUCGGGGCUCAGACAAGUAUCUUUGGCGUAAUGGGGUUGACCAUUUCGUUCCAAAAUUUUCCUCUAAAGCAACUUGGCCCCGUAUCAGAGAGAUAACACCUGAGGUUCCUUGGUUUGACCUGAUACGGUUUAAAGAAGAGAUACCAAGAUGCUCCUUUGUGUCUUGGAUGGCUAUACUCUCCAGGAUCCCUACUAAAGAUAGAUUGUCCUCGUGGGCCAUGGAUGUCCCUACGCUUUGCGUUCUGUGCUCUUCGGGCCAUGAAUCCCAUCAGCACUUGUUCUUUUUGUGCCCAUUUGUCUAUGCUGUCUGGUUUCACUUCUCCAGAAGCGUUUGGCAAGCUGCUCCGUCUUCUAUGCUCGAUGUGGCAGAUAUUGUUGCUGUCUCUGCUCGAUUUCGGGUGGGGUUAUGGUUUAUUUCAUCUGGUGCGAAAGGAAUUUUCGCAUUUUCAAGCAGGUGGCAACUUUUGAAGCAGGGGUUGAUCACGCUUGUUGAUUGGCUGAUCCGGGAUCGGCUCCUUUCCAUCCCUCCUUCCAGACCAGAGUCUCCGUUUCUGCUCCAGCUGUUCUUCUCCCUUACCUUUUGGCCUCCUUAG